AUGGCACACUCCGUUGUCAAUCCUCCUCCCACCGACAAACAACCGUUUCCUCAACGUAAACCGGUUUCUAAGGAAGAAGGGCAAGAUGUCAUGCGACGUAUGUCUGAAGACUCCGUUCGCCAACAGCAAAGAAUCCAACAACAACAGCCUAUGGCUGCUGCAGCUGGUGCUGGUGCUGGACCAACAAGUCAAAUGGCUGAUGACAGCAACAAGGUCGAGAUGAUUGAGUUUAUUGAAGGAGUCCGUAGCGGAAGACUUCCCAACAAUGCGCAAAUUGAACACUUUUUGGAUCGUCUUUUGAAUAUCCGUGCCAUUCAAGAACGACAGCACCUUAUGUCAGCUGAUGGCCAAAGACUGCUAGCUGAUAUUCAAGAAUUGAUCCAGACAUUGAAAACAGCUCUCUAUGUCAAGAACCAAGAUCAGCUUUUCCAAUCAUUGUAUUAUCAUUUAUUCAGCACUGAUUAUCAACGUGUUCAAAGAGGUCAAGGUCAAGGCCCAGAUUUGACAGGUGGUGCAAGUAAACAAGAGAUGAAAGAAGAAGCUAAAGAAGGCGGCAAUGCUAUGUACAAGGUGUUCAAGUUGGUCAUCAUGAACAGCGACUUUCGAGAUCAGCUGAGCGAGCUCAUGUCGAUUGCUCAAGAAGUCUUUAGCGACGCCAGCGGCAAACUUAGCGGCUCUAUGCAAAAGAUGUCACAACAAGUGGAUGAGCAAGGACAACAACUAAACGAGCGUUUCCAAGACAUGGCUAACCAAGGGCAAUCCCAAUUGGAUGAGGGUGAUUUUGAUACUGGCAAGGCAAAGCAAAGUAUCCGCAGCCGUGUUGACGACGCCAAACAGCAAUCGCCUCAAGCUAAAUCCAAAGCCAAACAACAAAUGCAACAACAAGGUCAACAAGCUAAGGAUUACGCUCGUCAAAAGUUCCCACCCGAAAAGGUGGAUGACAUUGUGGAUCGACUCAAGUCGGUGCUUGGUCAAGUGCAACAGCAUCCUGAUUAUCAACAAGCCCUCGAUACAAUCUUCAGCCUCGUUCAAAAGUGGAGCUAUCGUGCAGCCAAUGUCACUCAAUCCUCUACUGGAUAUGCAUCACAAGUCACCGAGGAGUUUCGAUCAGACCCCAGUUGGUCAGCAGCUGAACUUGAGCUCAAGACCAUUAUCGAAGAUUGGGCUCAAGGCCGAUCAUUGGAUCCUUUGUUGCACGCUGUUGAAACGACCAUCAAUGAUGUCACCCAUGAUCCUGAGCUGAAACAAUGCUACAAUGAGGCUACUCAAUAUCUCCGCCGCUUAGCAAAAGAGCCAAACUAUGCGAUUUCAGAUGAAUCCACUGAAGAUGGCAAAUACAUGGUUGAGCGUGUUCGACAAGUGACGGAGGGUCGCUAUCGUAGCCAUGCCGACUUUUUGGUUUCCGAAGGCAAAGCUUUCAUGCUAUCAAUGGAACAAGAUCCAAUGGCACGUGAAAUUGAACAACGCUUCAAGAAGAUCCACAAUGACUUGUGGUUGGAUGCUGAUGGAAAUACAGCCUUCAAGCCCAACUUGCUUACCGAUAUGCGUUUGACAUUGAUUCCAGCAGCUAUGGAGCUCAUCAAGUUCAUCCCUGUUCCUGCUAUUGAAUAUUCCGACAGGGAGUUUGACGUGGCUGUCGAGAAUGUUGUCCUUCCCGGUGACACUUUGCUACCAGGAUUUGUCGAAGUCAAGAUGGAUAACUAUAUCAAGUUUAGCCCAUACAGCGACAUCACCAAUGCUAAUCAGCAAUCAUUCUGGAUCAAAAUGACCGAGAUCAAUACUACCAUCCCCGAUGUUGUGUGGUAUUACAAGCGUAAGAAAGGUUUCCCAAAGCUGUAUGAUCGUGGCGUGGCAACAAUCACUAUUGGUGGUCGUCGUCGUAAAGGAAUGACUGUGGAUACGCAAAUUAUCAGCGACACCAAUGAUCCUGUACACACAUUCCGUGUAGCCCAUUGCAAAGCCCACAUUGACCAUCUCAAGGUGAAAUUCAAGGGCAGCCGCCACAAUCUUUUGUAUCGUACAUUCCAACCUAUGGCUACAUCCAUUGUCAAGCGACAGAUUGCCAAGGCUGUGGAAGCCAAGAUCAUUGAGACGGUGGAAAAGGCUGAUGCCAAACUCACCGCAAGCAUGAUGCAGAACUAUCAGGAAGCAUUGAACAAGAACGCCUCUUUGGAUGAUCUUGCCACUAGGAACGCUGCUAUGCGUGAGCAACAGCAAUUGCAACAACCCACACAGCAACAACAACAACAACAACCCAUGUCGCCUAUGGCGCAAGUGACUUCAGCUGUGGGUCAACGUGGUGGUGCACAACAACAAGCUGACACUACAAUGCCAAUGCAACAACCCACUACGACUAUGCCACGCCCAAGUUUGACUACUGGUUUAUUCACGAUUUUGAACCGUAAUAUCAAGACCAACAUGGUGCGUAGUCUUCAAGAUCAGCAAUCCAAGCAUCGUCGACGUAAGGCUGAAAAGGAAGCUGCACGAAAAGAACGUGAACAACAGCAAGCAAAGGAAGAAGAAGAAAAGGCUCGUGGUGCUGGUAUGGGUGGUAUGGGUGGUAUGGGACAAAUCCCAUCAUCUGCUGGUGGUGCCGAAGGUGGUCCUGCCGGUACUGUACCUGUUAUUGUUGGACAAGAUGGCAAGAUGUACAUAGCCAACGAACAAGGAAGGUUGGUACCAGUAACCAUUGCUGGAGAAGAGCAGCAGCAACAACAACAACAAAAGAAGCCUAGCCAAAAACAAAAGCAACGUGGCAAAGGACCUUCGCUUGGUAAACAAGGAUUCAACAAGGUUGCUGAUGAGAUGGGAACUGGUAACCAAGAUAUUGGUCAACAACAAGCUACCGCAGCUGCUCCAAACGUCAUGUAA